ACUCUCACGUCUGUGGCGACCCCUACCACAAAUAAUAAAAUACAUUGUGCUUGCCUAUCUCGCCAAAAGCUUCUGAAAUGGCUGCUUCGUUACUCAUAUCUCUUCUAGUACUACUCUCUCUGUGCUGGACCCCAGAGGGAAUGUUACUAGGCGGUCAAACGCCAAUUCAAAAAUUGGACAAUCCUGAAGUGAUGAAGGCUGUAUCAUUUGCUGUGAAAGCUCUCAACAAAGACACAGCUGGAGAUAACCUGAUUGUCCUUGUUAGUGUGGAGAAAGGAACUAUGCAGGUGGUGGCUGGAAUGAGGUAUCGCCUUGUUCUAAGAGUGGGCGUGUCUAGUGUCUGCAAGAAGAGCUCCUACUUGUACAGGAGUGCUGUGUCCCACUGUCCAGUCGAUCAAAACUCAGUAACUGAGGUGCUUGCUGAUGUGUGGAGGAAGCCUACCAACCCUCCAAUCUAUGUCCUCAAUGAUAUCAAACUAUACACUGAACACUAACUGCACUGUCAGUAUCUAUUAGUUGUGUGGUGGCACUCAUUUUUAACUCUUUGUGAGACCGACUGUGUGUACAUGUUUCCAUCGUUUGUCAUCUUUUGUGAAUCAACAACUAUGAUACACUACCAACUUCUUAAUUUAUAUUGUUCAGAUAUCAAAUGCAUAAUAAGCUCAUAUGAGAAUAACAAGUAUUUCUGUUUUAUAUAAGUUGAUUAGUAUCCA